GCGCUGUCCGGGUGGGGGGGGCGGGCGAGGAGCCCGCUGUCCAUCAUGGCGACGGCGCCGGGCGGCUUCGGGCCGUGGCUGGACGGGCGGCUGGAGGCCCUGGGGGUGGACCGGGCCGUCUACGGCUCCUACAUCCGGGGUCUGCUGCAGGAGGACGAGGACGAGGAGAAGCUGGACGCCCUGCAGGGCAUCUUGGCCGCCUUCCUGCAGGAAGAAGAGUCGCUGCUUGCCGUGUGCCAGGAGAUCAUCGCCCGCUGGGCGGAGGCCCAGACGGUCGCUGCCGCCGCCGCCGCCAACGCCGAGAGAAAGGAAGACGAGGUGCUGGCCAUCGCCAGCCUGAUGGAGAAGCAGGCGCAGAUCGUGGUGAAGCCCCGGGCCGUGAGCGAAGAGGAAAAGCAGCGCAAGGCCGCCCUGUUGGCUCAGUAUGCCAACGUGACCGACGACGAGGACGAGGCGGCGGUGGACGUGAAGGACGGCUCAGCGGGGAGCGCCGCGACCCUCGGCUCCGACAAAUCCCUGUUCCGGAACACGAACGUGGAGGCCGUGCUGGCGGCCCGCAAGCUGGAGCGGGACGGCCUGCGGGACGAGGCCCAGCGCAAGAAGGAGCAGGACAGGCUGCAGCGGGAGAAGGACAGGCUGGCCAAGCAGGAGCGCAAGGACAAGGAGAAGAAGCGCACACAGAAGGGCGAGCGAAAGCGGUAACGGCGGCCGGCGGGCCCGGGACCGCCCGACCUGCGGCGGGGCCGGGGGCGGCCCGCCCGCCGGGGCCGCGGGCUCCUGGGGGUGGGGAGGGAGGGAAGGAAGGAACGGACGCCCGGCUGAGAGGUGGAAGGUGGGCGACCCGGCGGGGGUUUAACCCGCUCCCCGGGCGUGCCCCUGCCCACCCGACCGCAAUCCCCCCACUGGGUUUAGUCCCUAAGCCGGGCUAGGGGAGGGCCCGAGCCCCGUCGGCUUGCUUCCUGGGCGGACCGGAGCCUUCCGGAACAGAGCCCCUCCGCCGAGCCGGCCCCCCCCGGGCUCUUGACCCUUUGCCUGUCCCUCCGGCCUGCAGAUGCCCUGUGGCCCCGCCCCGGGGCGGGAUGGGCAUCGGGGGGCUUCAGCCUGCAGGGGCCCCAAGGGCCGGUUGGGGGAUGGGGGCGGGGCAGGGGGGCGGGAAGAAGCAGGCGGGACCCGGCCUCCCUCCUGGAGCCGUCUCCGGGGACCCCCCACUCCAGAAAAAGCUGCUCUUUGGGGGUCAGGCUGACCGGACACCCCCCUCCGCCCACUGCCCUUGCUGGUCCUGCCCCCAGGGAAGAGGCCGGGCCACGGCUGCCCCCCCUCCGCUUCCCUCUCGGUCUUCCCUCAGCCUCCCGCUGCGCCAUCCGGUCAGAACCUGGGUGGGUCAGCCCCUCGGCCCGGAUCGGGAUCCGGUUUUGGGGGCUCGGGGAUUGGGGGCACCUCGGUCGGACCCUCUCAACAGGGGUGGGGGGGAAACUCUGGACUAGGAGAGGAAGCUCGCCUCCUUCCCCUCACCCCUGAUCUGUGGUGCUGCCGAAGGAAAUGUUCAUAUUUUCCAAGGGUUUUUUUUGUUCCAAAUAAACACCUAAUAUUUAACAGAUCA